AUGACCCGUUUUGACUGCGGGCUUCACGCUUUUGGACAAGGAGCUUCUAUCAUUCACUUCUUCAUCGCACUUCUGAUGCUCCUGGAGAGCUGCAAAGCGUUUGGAUUAUCACACGAACCAGAGAGGUUUUUGCGGGAUCUGCCUAUGUAUGAAGUGGUUCAUCCGAGCCGAGUGGAUGCCAGAGGUCACUUCCUGUCCAACUUCCUGUCUCACCAUGCUCGCCGUGUACAGCGUCGACAAGCCUCAGAGGAACCAGUGGACUUAGACCGUGUCUUCUACCAGUUGUGGCAUGGCGGACACAGUCUGCACUUUAACCUCACUCUCAACCCACACCUGCUCGCUCCAGGCUUCCUGACAGAGAGGAGGUACGGUGGCCUGGAUGGAGCCAAGAUCCAUCCUCCUGGAUCUUCCCAGUGCCAUUACUUAGGGGAAGUGUGGGAUGAGACCAAUGUUAAAGGGAAUGCAGCCAUAAGUACCUGUGAUGGACUGACAGGAAUGUUCAAGUUGUCGGACCAAGAGUUUUUUAUUCAGCCAAUGGAAAAAUCAAAUCGUGAGAUCUCUGCACCACAGGCGCACGCUGUCUACAAACGGCAUGCGUAUCCCAGCUCCCGGAGUCCAGCUGUGCAGCCCAUUUCAAGGAAACAAGCUCCCAACGGUACCUGUGGAGUCACAAAUUCCCAUGAAAAUUUUGAAGACAGUGAGAGACAACGGGAGCAGUGGGAGCACCGUCAGCAGAGAAGGAGGAGGAGGAUACAUCCACGCUCAGUCAGCAAAGAGAAGUGGGUGGAAACGCUGGUGGUGGCCGACCCAAAAAUGGUGGAGUACCAUGGGAGCAAAGCCGUGGAGAGCUAUGUGCUUGCUGUUAUGAACAUUGUGGCGGGUCUCUACCAAGAUGCAAGUAUCGGAAAUGCAAUCAACAUUGUAGUUGUUCGAGUCAUCCUACUGGAGCAGGACGAGGAUGACUUGAAGAUUACACACCACGCUGACAACAGCUUGAACAGCUUCUGUAAAUGGCAGAAACGACUCAACAUGAAAGGAGAAGAUCAUCCCCUACACCAUGAUGUAGCAGUUCUGCUCACCAGGAAAGACAUCUGCACUGCCAUCAACAUGCCUUGCGAGACGCUUGGUCUGUCCCACGUGGCGGGGAUGUGUCAGCCACAUCGCAGUUGCAGCAUCAGUGAAGACACCGGCCUCCCAUUGGCCUUCACUGUAGCACACGAGCUGGGACACAACUUUGGGAUUCAGCAUGAUGGCAACGGUAAUGACUGUGAACCCGUUGGGAAACAACCUUUCGUCAUGUCUCCACAGCUCCUGUACGGCACCUCGCUGCCCAGAUGGUCACGCUGCAGUCGUCAGUAUAUCACCCGCUUUCUUGAUCGUGGGUGGGGUUGGUGCCUUGACGAUGCCCCUGUGAAGGAUAAGCUGUCUGUAAACGCAGUGCUUCCUGGAGUUCUGUACAGUGCUACCCAUCAGUGUCGGCUGCAGUAUGGAUCUGGGUCCCUGCUCUGUGAUGACAUGGACAACGUAUGCAGCACUCUGUGGUGCACUGUGGGAACAACCUGCCACUCAAAACUAGACGGGGCUGCAGAUGGGACCAGUUGUGGCCAGGACAAGUGGUGUAUAGGUGGGGAGUGCGUAUCAGUUGCACAUCACCCAGAGAGUGUAAACGGUGGCUGGGCGUCGUGGAGCGAGUGGUCGGCCUGUUCAAGGUCAUGUGGGGCUGGAGUCCAGAGUGCCCAACGAGACUGUGAUAACCCAGUUCCUAAGCACAGAGGGAAGUACUGUCUGGGAGAGAGACGGAGAUACAAGAUCUGUAACACCACACCAUGCCUGCAUGAGCAGCCCUCCUUCAGAGACAUGCAGUGUAGUUACUUCAACACCAAGCCCUACAAGGGCAGGUUCUACAAGUGGGUAUCUGUCAUCAACAGAGUCAACCCCUGUGAACUGCACUGCCGUCCAAUGAAUGAACAUUUCUCUGAUAAGAUGCGUGAUGCUGUAACUGAUGGGACGCCAUGCUUAGAAGGCAACAAAAGUCGUGAUAUGUGCAUCAAUGGCAUCUGUAAGAAUAUAGGCUGUGACUAUAUGAUUGAAUCCAGUGUUGUAGAGGAUCGCUGUGGUGUGUGUAAUGGUAAUGGCUCCACCUGUACCACUGUGAGGAGAACCUUUGAGGAGACUGAAGGACUUGGCUAUGUAGACAUUGGAAUGAUCCCAGAGGGUGCGAGGGAUAUCCGGAUUGAGGAGGUGGCUGAAGCUGGGAAUUUCUUGGCACUACGAAGCGACAACCCAAACAAGUAUUUUCUGAAUGGUGGCUGGACUAUCCAGUGGAAUGGGGAGUACAAGGCAGCUGGGACAGUGUUCACCUAUGAAAGGACUGGACAUCUUGAAAACUUGACUUCGCCUGGGCCCACCAUGGAACCGCUGUGGAUUCAGCUCCUCUUUCAGGAGACCAAUCCAGGAGUGCGCUAUGAAUACACCAUCAGUCAAAAUGUAGCAGAAGACGACGACAUUCCCGCCUCAGUUUUCAUCUGGAAAUAUGGUUCUUGGACUGAAUGUAGUGUCACCUGUGGAACAGGUGUUCAAAGGCAAAUUGUUCACUGUGUUGAGAAGACUACUGGGAUAGUUGAGGAGCACUUCUGUGACCCUUUAACCCGACCUGAAGAUAACCAAACCAGCUGCAACAAGGAGCCAUGUCCAGUCAUAUGGUGGGUUGGAGAGUGGCAGAAAUGCUCAUCAAGCUGUGGGAGUUCAGGCCUGGCUAAAAGAACAGUGCUUUGCAUCCAGGCAGUAAGUGUGGAGGAGCAGAAAGCCUUGCAGCCCGGUGAAUGUGAACACAUACCCAAACCUGAGUCACUUUCCUCAUGCAACACACACAUCCCCUGCCCAUCCGACUGGACCACUGGCAGCUGGUCAAAGUGUUCACUGACUUGUGGAAGUGGAGUACGUCGCCGUAAUGUAACCUGCUCUAGAAACACAGGUGCUGAAUGUGACCCACAGAAGAAACCUCUUGCUGUCACUACUUGCUCUGUCCAGGACUGCCCACAGGUAGUGGAUAAUUUCGGAGGCAUCGACUGGUCUGGAAGUGGCUGGUCAAGCAAAGAAGUGCUCAAUGAAAUUAACUCUAUACCUGUGGCCAAACCCCCUCCAAAACACAGCACCACCAGAGCCCAGCCAGUAAAUCACAAUGACUUAAAUAAAGUUGUUGGGGGAGAUUUUCACUACCACAAUAACAUAGAAAAUAUUGAUAAUUCUCUGGAGAAUAAUGUUGAAGUUGAUGAUUUUUAUUACGACUAUAACUUCAUCAACUUCCAUGAAGACUUGUCAGAUGAGAACGAUGGACAAGAUUCAAGGGACAGUGAUGAGACCAAGCCAACCGGCAGUGUGAAUGAAAAUGUGCACAUGGAAACAACAAGAGCUCCCACGGUGAGUUCAACUGUUUCUACUGUUUCAGAGACCACUGCUUACACUUUGAAAACUUCAGAGACACAGAAAACAAAGCUGGAUGACGUGAAGGACAAUGGAAACCCACCAACAAAAGAAUCCAUGCAAACGAAUUCAGAAAAUUUGGAUGACUUUCUUUCAGAAGAUAAUCUUCUGCCUGUAUCUACCACUCGCUCACCACCAUUGUCCACAACUAAGCAUUUACAAAAGAAGAAACAUAACGAUCUGCAGUGGCCUGAAAACAUUAGCACAAUGCCUAGUCUGGCUUCCACAACAAAGGAGCCUGCACAGGAUAUGAAAUGGGGGCAAGAUGGGGAAGAGGCUGAAAAUAACUAUGAUGAUUUCACUGAGGAGGAAAAUCAUACUGAGGACUUCACUGUAGCUCCAAAACAUGCUGCUCCUACUCCUGGACUUCAACCCACUAAUAGUAGUAUUGCACCAAAAACAGUGACGGAGGAUGAUUUUGAGUACAGUUAUUAUGAAGAAAGUACUCAAGAACCCAAUGUCUCUGCAUCUCAAGAUGUAGAGAUUCCAGAGCCUGCAGAAACUACCGUUCAACUGGACGAAAGAGCUUCAGAAAUACCUCAAACUAACAGUGAAUCACCAAUAUUUCCAACUACUGACUUUGAUCAAACUCAUUUAAGUACGAUUAAGGAGGGUAAUUCAUGGGUGUCUGACCAUGACCUCAGUGUGACCUCACUUCCCAUGUCUGAAAAAUCCUCUCCUCUUCCUAACCCACAUCUGCUAAUCUCAGGUAACCAAGAGGCCUCAGAUGACACCACAUCAUUAACUGGAACAGGAUUCCUAACUCCUACAAACCUGGAGGGAAUCACUCAAUCUUCUCCAGCUGAUUUCCAGCCAGCUACAACUGAGCAGACACUGACAAAACGUGCUGUAACUGGAAGAACUGGAAUAGACUCCACAUCCCAGUCCCCAUUGCUUAUUCUAAGUGAUUUUGACUACAAUGAAAUAGUUCUUCCCCCGAUGGUGAGGACUAGCAGUAGGAGUGAUACUAGCACUUCAUACCGACUCUUUACAAGCACAGCAGCCACUCCUCAACCAAGCACUACACCAGCACAUCACAUAGAAUCGCCAACACCUGCACCUCUGCCAAGAGCAGGUCAAGCUCCACCCUUCACACAGGUUACUACAGUGGCCUACUGGGUCACCGGCAACUGGAGCUUGUGCUCCACCAGCUGUGGUCUGGGAGCUAUCUGGAGGACUUUGGCCUGCAGCACUGGCUCAGACUCAGACUGUGAUCCAGCCAAGAGGCCUGCACCAGCCCAACGAUGUUACCUGCGCCCCUGCUCCAUGUGGAAAGUUGGAAAUUGGAGCAAGUGCUCCAAGAAUUGUGAAGGCGGCUCUAAGUCACGAGAGGUCCAGUGUUCUGACAUGCGGGAUCAAAGGGCCCUGCGACCUUUCCACUGCCGGGCAAUGUCCUCCAGGCCACAAACCCAGCUGCCCUGUAACCUUCAGCCAUGUCUCGACUGGUACGCCUCCUCCUGGGGUCAGUGCUCUGAGGUGUGUGGGGGAGGUGAGCAGCAACGUAUAGUCACCUGUCCAGAGGAGGACCGAUGCGAGAGGGACCUUCAGCCCAGCAACAUUCAGUCGUGUAAUAGCCAGCCUUGUGCUCAGUGGCUUACAGGAUCAUGGGGACAGUGCUCAGCCUCUUGUGGUGGUGGAGUGCAGCGUCGACUCAUCAAGUGUGUUAACACAAAGGCUGAGACAGAAGAAGAGGUGGAUGCCGCUGAGUGCAACCAUGAGCCGCAGCCAGAAAACGUGCAGAAGUGUAACUUACAAGAAUGCGAGAGCGCCCCCUCUGGAGCAGUUUGUGUCCGUGAUCGACUCACAUUUCGUUUCUGUCAGACUCUUCGCUGGCUGGGUCGUUGCCACUUGUCCAACGUGCAAGCACAGUGCUGCAGAACCUGCAGCCAGCGUUCCCGCUCCAGCAGCACAUCACGCCGCUGA